GCCCAGUAUGCCCAACUGGUUUGCUGCGCUUUCUUGCACCUCAGACUCCUACUAGCGCCAGGUAAGAGCAUCCUAGUUAUUGGGCUACCGUUGGCUGCUGCAAACAAAACCUAGGGGGUCCAAAGAGCUUUCGGGUCUGUAAACGGUUAAGGGGUGAUCAGUCUCAGUUCAAAAAUCCCCUAUGGCUCAGAGCCCAAGAGUACACAAAGCAGCUGUUUCUGCUCGCGGGGCACCCAGGAAAGAGAGGAUGAUGGGAGAAGACGAGCAACUACAAGCCCCAGCAUGCAGCGGGCAACUCGACUCCUGGAAAGAGGCCCGCGGUACACUGGCGCCUGGCCUCGGCCCAGAGCCCGGGCCGAGCGUUGAGUGCUGACUGUCGGCCGACCGGAAUGCUUAGAAUGAGGAGGACGGGCGGGGCGCUGCGAACGAGCCCUUAGGUUUCGUAUCCGUGACGCCCCAGUUUCGUGGGGCCCUUCGCAUGCGGCGGAGUGGCGUCUUUGCGACCGCCUGUGGCACCCCGCCUGGAGUCGGGCCUCCACGGUCCCACAGCCUCCUGCGUUGCCAUGAAACGCCCGGGACCGGACGUGACGCCGCCGUGGAGGAAGAAGGGAGAGGCGGAGCGCGGCACGGUGACGUUCUCCCAAGAUGGCGGAGAGAGAGUGAAGAAACUGUGUUCCCCCUUGGGUUGCUAUCGAACAAGGGUAAAAUUCCAUUCUGAUAACAAAAUGCAGUAUUCCCACCACUGUGAACACCUUUUAGAGAGACUGAACAAACAACGGGAAGCAGGCUUUCUUUGUGACUGCACUAUAGUGAUUGGGGAAUUCCAAUUUAAAGCUCAUAGGAACGUGCUUGCCUCCUUUAGUGAGUAUUUUGGUGCAAUCUACAGAAACACUUCUGAGAACAAUGUCUUUCUCGAUCAGACUCAGGUGAAGGCAGAUGGAUUUCAGAAACUGUUGGAAUUCAUAUACACAGGAACGUUAAAUCUUGACAGUUGGAAUGUUAAAGAAAUUCACCAGGCUGCUGACUAUCUCAAAGUGGAAGAGGUGGUCACUAAAUGUAAAAUAAAGAUGGAAGAUUUUGCUUUUAUUGCUAAUCCAUCUUCUACAGAGAUAUCUAGUAUUACUGGAAACAUUGAGUUAAAUCAACAGACUUGUCUCCUUACUCUACGAGAUUAUAACAAUCGGGAGAAAACUGAAGGAUCCACAGAUUUAGUUCAGGCAAAUCCUAAACCAGGAAGUUUGGGGAGGAAGUCAUCUCAAACUAAAAAGAAGAAGAAGGCUUUCAACUCCCAGCAAACAGAACAGAAUAAAGCACUGCAAUAUUCCAGUGACAUUUUAGGGAAUGCAUCUGUUGAAUUAUUCCUAGAUGCAAAUAAGUUGUCCACACCCGUAACAGAACAAGUUGCACAAAGACAUGAUAAUUCAGAACUUGAGUUGACAUCAGUUGUGGAAAAUACUUUUCCAGCACAAGAUACUGUGCAGACUGUCACUGUGAAACGGAAACGUGGAAAAUCCCAGCCAAACUGUGCUCUGAAAGAACACUCCAUGUCUAAUAUAACCAGUGUCAAGAAUCCUUAUGAGCUGGAGAGCUCUGGGGAAGAGCUGGAUCAGAGGUAUUCCAAGGCCAAGCCGAUGUGUAAUACAUGUGGGAAAGUGUUUUCAGAAGCCAGCAGCUUGAGAAGGCACAUGAGAAUACAUAAGGGAGUCAAACCGUACGUCUGCCACUUGUGUGGGAAGGCAUUUACUCAGUGUAACCAGCUGAAAACACACGUAAGAACGCAUACAGGUGAGAAGCCAUACAAAUGUGAAUUAUGUGAUAAAGGGUUUGCUCAGAAAUGCCAGCUAGUCUUCCAUAGCCGCAUGCAUCAUGGCGAGGAAAAACCCUACAAAUGUGAUGUUUGCAAUUUACAAUUUGCAACUUCUAGCAAUCUCAAGAUUCAUGCAAGGAAGCAUAGUGGAGAGAAGCCAUAUGUCUGUGAUAGGUGUGGACAGAGAUUUGCCCAGGCCAGCACCUUGACCUAUCAUGUUCGUAGGCAUACUGGAGAAAAGCCUUAUGUGUGCGAUACCUGUGGGAAGGCAUUUGCUGUCUCUAGUUCUCUUAUCACUCAUUCUCGAAAACAUACAGGUGAAAAACCAUACAUAUGUGGUAUUUGUGGGAAAAGUUUUAUUUCCUCAGGAGAGCUCAACAAACACUUUCGAUCCCAUACAGGAGAAAGACCAUUUAUCUGCGAAUUAUGUGGAAAUUCUUACACAGAUAUUAAAAAUUUAAAGAAGCACAAAACAAAAGUCCAUUCUGGUGCAGACAAAACUCUGGAUUCCAGUGUAGAGGGUCAUACCUUGAGUGAACAAGAUUCCAUACAGAAAAGUCCUUUUUCAGAAACUGUGGAUGUGAAGCCUUCUGACGUGACUUUACCCCUAGCUCUUCCCCUUGGGACUGAGGACCACCACUUGCUUCUGCCUGUCACAGAGAAUCAGUCUCCGAUGUCAGAUACGCUGUUGAGGUCAGCUGUCAAUGGUUACUCAGAACCACAGUUGAUAUUUUUACAGCAGUUAUACUGACUUUGUGAGGAAUAUGGAAUUGCUAAGACAUCUCUGAUAGUAAAUAUAAACAUCUCUAAUUAGGUGAAUAUAUUGAGAUUAAAUUACCAUUCUUUUGAUUUGUGACCAUUAUUUUUCAUUCACUGAAGUAAAAGCACCUGAUGCCGCAUCAUUACUGUGCAAUGUUUGUUUUGAUUUUGGGCUUUUAUGUCUAGACUAUACAUACAGAUUUUUUAGAAAAGAAUUAUGCUACAGUAGCACUCUUUUGGGUAGAUAAGUUUUAUUUUCUCUUAAAGCUGCCUUGAGCCCAUUUUAUUUUGCAUUUUAGAAUUGCCGUUCAUUUACUGAAGUAAAAUCCAUUAGUUUAUAUGAUUCAGUUUUUUUUUUUUUAAUUGUGUUAAAAACAUUUGCCAUGUCAACAUUUUUACAGGUACAGUUCAGUGACACUGAUAACAUUCAUUGUGCUGUGCUGUUCCCAGAUUUUUUUAUCACCCAUAACAGAAGCUCAGUGCUCCUUAAAUGGUUCAGUUUUGACCUGUGUGGGUUUUGUUCUUUACUUCCCCUCAGAAUUUAAGCAAAAUCCAUGGUAAUACCAGCCCAAGAGUGUUGCUGUUUAUAACUGCCAUAGGCCGGUACAUAAAUUAUGGAGGGAUGGGGGAUAAAAUUUCUUAAUUUCUGCCUAAGGAAACUUAGGUACUAAUAAGAAUUGUGCUUUUUCUCAAUUAAUAUAUUUCGUUGGAGGUAACUAUUCUAAUAAAACAAAUAUUUCUCUUAAAAGCUAGAAAAUAAUAUAUAUGUUUUUGUUCAUUUAAAACUCAGUAUUCUGGAGAAAACCAAUAAUAGUAUUUUUGGUUUGAGUUAAUUGAGGCUACGUUUUUUAAAUGAAUUUUAAGUAGGUAUUUGGUGUUUUUAUGUUGUCAAAGGAUAGUUACAAAAUUUGAUUCAAUUUGUUUUAUGUUUUAAUAGGUUUCUAAAUUGCUGGAGGUCAGGAGACCAUACUGGGUUUUGAAAAUUUUGAUAAGCAUCUCUUAUGCCUAUUAUGCACUUUUAAAAAUAAAUAUUAAAUUCUAAAUUUUCUAAACAUAAACUUAACGCAUACUAUAAAUCACUUGGUUUCUGUAUUUGAUACAUUAUAUUACAUAAAGAGUAAGAAGCUAGCUUCAAUUAUAAGUAAACAUUUUGGACUAUCAGAAGGCCAAUUUAUUUUAUAUUUGAGUUUUCUAUAAGCUUUGGAUUUUAAAAUUUUAUAAAUUAAACAAUAUUUGAUCGUUGUUAUAGUUUCGCAGUGGUCCUUUUCCUUCCUAAUGAAUGUAGAAAAUGCUGUAUUAUUGUGAUAUUUACUGCCACUCUUCCCCAUCCCCCUUUUCCCAUGUAUUGGUUUAUUUCAUUACCUGUUCUUUGUGCAUUAAAUUAUCAGUUCCACACAGUUUUCCUAUACCGCUGAUCAAAUACCAUGGCCACAUUAUUCCUGCCAUACAUUAGUUGUGGCUUGUUUUCUGGUUUAUUACAUCUGUAAUAAAGUUAAUGUAUUUUCUAUUGGUACUUUAAUUGUAAUUUUCUCUGUUUGGGAUCCAAGUCAUAGGAACCAAUUAGAGGAUAUAAUAAAACCACUUAAUUCUUGUAAACUGUAGAGAUCUUUACCAUUUCACAGUACAUUCAGUAUUUUCACAAUAACUGGCCACCAGUGAGACUGACUUAAUUGAAUCACUUUAAAAUACUGCCUUUGUGUGAUGCACAUCAAACUUACUAAUUAAUUAUUUAUCUAAGAAAUCUAAUUCUAUGUGUUUAUUAACCCAGUAUACUGGGUUUUAGUGUAAAAUCUGUAAAGUUAAAAAUGCUCAACUAAUUGAUUCUGGCUUAAAUUCAGUAGGAGUUUAUUGAAAUACGAAGAAAUUAAAGAAAAUUGAAAGACUUUGCCUCUUUAAGAAAUGUACUGCAAUGGAGACGUUAUGUUUAAUUCUCAUCUUCACUAAUCACAGCAUCUAAGGAACAAAUUUUCUUUUUAAAAACUGCUGCAGUGAUGUUGAGGAUGAUAUUCACCAAAUUUGCUCAAAUAUAGUGGUAAUUAACAUUUUGCCUUUGUGUAGAUUAGCCUUCAAAUUUGUAAUUAUUAUUACUUUAUAUUUUUACUUGAUAUUACUUGUUUGGAGUGGCAAAGGUUGGUUUACUAUGCUUUUCUUCACCACGUUACCUGCUUCUUAACUAAAAUAAUUUUCUUUUAAAUUGACAUGGUAUGAGUCAUCAUUAUCAUCUGCUAUUUCGGAAUGACAUGUAAAGAAAGUUUGAAGGCUAAGUGUCCCUCAGCAUUCUUCUCAUCAUGCUAUGCUCCUCUUUACCAUAACAUGCAUAUAUAUUUAGUUGUACACCUGGUAUUAUUCCAAGGAGCCCUGGUGGCACAGUGGUUAAGCGCUUGGGUGCUAACUGAAAGACUGUCAGUUAAAAUCCACCAGCUGUUCUGUGGGAGAAAAGACCUGACAAUCUGCUUCUGUAAAGAUUUCAGCCUAGGAAACACUACUGGACAGUUCUUCUACUCCGUCCUAUAGGGUUGCCAUUAGUCGGAAUUGAUUCAACGGCCCACGACAACGGCAAGGGUAUUAUUCUAAUGCUUGUGAUUAACAUUUUAGUUCAUCUUUUGAUAAAUACAUUUAUUACAGUGCUGUGUUUUGGAAAAGGCAUAUUCUUAAUCAUUUAAGUAUUACAAAGUUGGUUGAAGUCUUUAGAUUGUUGAAGUUUAUUUUAUUGUUUUGUUGAGAAUAUACACAGUAAAACAUAGCAAUAGUUUCUGCAUGUACAGUUUAGUGACACUGAUUACAUUCUUCGAGUUGUGCAUCCAUUCUCACUCAGUUCCUAAGUUGUUCUUUCCUCAUUAACGUAAACUCACCUCCCUGAGGUUCCUAUCCAGCCUUUCAAGUUGCUGAUACCAAUUUGAUCCCAUAUAGGUAGUUCUUAAAAGAGCAUAAUGCUCAAGGAAGGCCUUUUUUACUAGUUAAGGUAAACUAUUGUUUGGUUUUAAGAUGGCUUCAGGGGAUAUUUUUGGUUUAAGCUUUAGAGACUAUCUCAGGGCAGUAGUUUCAAGGGUUCAUCACCCUCCAUGGCUCCAGAAAGUCUAAAGUCCGUGUACUUUCCCUCUUUCGACCAAGAUUCUUUUGUGGAAUCUGCUCAAAAUAUUUAGUAGUGGUAGCUGGGCACCAUCCAGUUCCUCUGGUCUCAUGGCAAAGGAGACAGUUGUUCACAGAGGCAGUUAGCCACACAUUCCAUAUCCUCCUAGUCUCCUUCCUCUGUUGCUCCAGGUGAGUAGAAACCUAUUGUGCCCUUGGAUGGCUGCUAGUAAGCUUUUAAGACCACAUCACUACACAACGAACUAGGAGGUAGAGCAGAAGCACUGAACAUGUUAUUAGGCCAAUUAACUGGGAUGUCCCAUGAAACCAUGACCCUGAACUCCAAACCAAGGAACCAAAUUCCUUGAGGUGUUUGGUUGUACAUAAACAGGUUCAGCAGCUACUCGGGUUUUUUUUGGUCAUAAGUAUAUCACACAACUUUUGCCAAUUCAACUUUUUACAGGUGUAUAACUUACAGUAAUUAUAAUAAUAGAUUGUGCAGCCCUACCCUUAAUGCAGUUUUUCCAUCAGCUUUAAUCCUUGUUUUCCACCUCCCUCCCACCUCUGGUAACCACUAAUAAACUUUGGUCCCUAUACAUUUGCCUUUAGGUCAUACAAUAUUUGUCCUUCUGUGAUUGGCUUAUUUUCUUCAGCGUAAUGCCUUCAUGCUCCAUCCAUACUGUAGCAUGUGUCAAGGCUUCAUUUCUCCUACUGGCUGAGUAGUAUUCCUGUUGUAUGUAUGUACUACCUUUUGUUUAUCCAUUCAUCUGUUGAUGGGCAUUUAGGGUGUUUCUACUCUUUGACUCUUGUGAAUAAUGCUGCAGUGAACAUCGGUGUGCAAGUCUCUCUUUAAGUCUCAGCUUUCAAGUCUUUUGGGUAUAUACCUAGGAGUGGAAUUGCUGGGUUAUAUGGUAGUUCUAUUUUUAGUUUUCUGAAGAACCACCACAUUGUUUUCUACAGCAGUUAUACACAAUUUUGCAUUCCCACCAAUGGAUAAGAUUUCAGUUACCCCACAUCCUUGCCAACAUUUAUUUUUGUUUUUUAAUCUUAGCCAUCUUAGUGGGAGUGAAUUGGUACCUCAGUUUGAUCUGCAUCUCUGAUAGCUAAUGACGCUGAGCAUCUUUUCGUGUGUUUGGUGGCCAUUUGAAUGUGCUCUUUGGUGAAAUGUCUAUUCAAGUCCUUGUCCUUUUUAUGAUUGGGUUAUUUGUCUUUUUGUUGUUAAGUUCUUGAAGUUUUAUAUGUUUUUUGGUUAUUAGAUACUUGUCGGAUAUAUAUGGUUUCCGAAGAUAUUCUCCCCGUCAGUAGCUUGUCUUUUCCCUUUUUUGGUAAAGUCUUUCUGAUGAACAAAAGUUUUUAAUUUUUAUGAGGUCCUGUUUAUUUUGUCUUUGCUUUUAUUAUAUUAGAUAAACCAUUGUUGAAAGCUAGGCUUGACAACGUUGCCCCUGCUUGUUCUUCUAAGAAUUUUAUGGUUUUAGUUUGCACAUUUAGGUCCUUAAUGCAUUUUGAAUUUGUUUUUGUGUAUGGCAUGAGGCAUGGAUCCUGUUUUCAUUUUUCUGCAUGUGGAAAUCCAGUUUUCCCAGCACCCUUUAUUGAAGAGACUCUUCUUUCCCCAUUAAAUGGAUUUAGGACCCCUGUCAAAAAUCAGUUGACCAUAGAUGUGUGGGUUUAUUUCUGGACUCUCAGUUCUAUUCCAUUGGUCCGUGUGUCUGUCGUAACACCAGUACGAAGUUAUUUUGAUUACUGUAGCUGUAUAGUAUGUUUUAAAAUCAGAAAGUGAGAGUCCUACUUUGUUCUUCUCUUUCAACAUUUUUUUAGUUAUUCACGGCCUCUUAUUCUGUAUAAAGUUGAGGAUUGUUUCUUCUUUAAGAAGGAUAUUGGAAUUUUUGAUCAGGAUUGCAUUGAACCUAUGGAUUGCUUUGGGUAGUAUUGACAUCUUAAAGUAUUAAGUCCUUCAAUCCCUGAAUGUGGAACAUCUUUCCAUU